AUGUUUAAUGAAUACAGUCCAAUGGCAAUGGCAGAACCAACAUUUAUGCAACUUGGUCCUCCAGGAGAACCCCCUGCAGAUAUAUCACCAAAGAAAUUAAUUCGUCUACUUAAAAAAUUCAAUUUUUUUCCAGAUCAACACAGAAAAAUGGUUUGGAGCUACGUUUUGAAACUACCUAACAAUGUGAAAGAAGCACAGUCAUUCAAAUCUAAACCAACAUUGCCAAAUGUAAAAACACUUUGCGAUAAUCAACACGUUUCUCAAGCAGCAUUUCGCUUGACAAAUGCAUUAGUACAUUGGCAUACACCACUAAUCAAUUGCGAUUGGUUACCACAAAUGGCACAAAAACUUACCAAUGCUUUUCCAAAUAGUUUUACAUUUUGCUUUGAAGUUGUAAUUAUAUUGCUUACAAACGCAUUUGGAGAAUGGAUGACUCAAAUACCUGGUCCUCCACCAGAAGUUUUAUCAAGGAUUGAUACAAUCUUCGCAACAGAAUUUCCAAGUUUACGCGAUUCAUUAGGAACCAGCCUUGUAGCUUGGCCUGCCUAUAGAUCUAUAUUCUCCACUUCUCUUUAUGACCGUCCGUGGAUCCAAUUAAUGGACUUUAUUUUAUUAUCUGAACCACAAUUUCUCGAAUUUGCAGUUAUUGCAUGGCUAGGAAUGAAUGAAACCCAGCUGCACGAAGAUCAUGAAACAUUUAAUAUUGCACCCCGUCCAGUUGCAGUUCCAAUAUUAGUCGAAAAUGCAAUUAAACUUUACAAUAAAUCUCCACCAGCAUUUCAUGUAUAUAGAACAUUCAAAUACUUAAAUGAUAAGUUCUAUCCAACAAUAGAAGGCUCAUCAGAUGCUGUAGUUCUUUGCACUUUACAAUCAGAUCAAGAACGUCUUCUUGCCUUGCAAAAACAAUUAGAAGUCGAAAGAAAACAAGCAGAUGAUGCAGAGCUUGCUAAAACAAGGAAAGAACAGACAUACAGAUCAAUUGAAGCUAUGCAUGAGAAGAAGAAACAAGAGGAGAAACUUGCUACUUCCAGAGCUUCUGUUGAACUUGAAAAGAGAAUGCAACAAAUCAGACUUGAAAGUGUCAGACUCAAACAAGCUGAAGAAUUACAAUUCAUUGAACAAUGGGAGAAUGAGUGGGAAAAGAGAAUGGAUUUCUCUCAUUCAAAUCUUUCUAGCAAGCUUAAUAAUUCUAUGGGAUUAAAUAAGGAAGAAGAGGAUGACAACAAAUUAACAUCAAUGGCUUCGAUGAGAGAUGGCGAUUUGCUCCUCAGAGAAUCAAGAAGAGUUUCUAUUAGCAGAGGAAAGCACGCAAGGAGCGAAAUCGAAAGCCAAGUUCAUCAGAGGGCUGUUCAUAACGAGGUUAAUAAGCUAGCAAUGAAUCCUGAAAUGCUGAUGCUUGGUCAGAAGUAA